AUGAAAGGAAUUGAUUCUGGGAUUUUCGCAAGAGAACUUAUGUCCAAUUAUCUCACAGCUCUUCGAUCCUUGAAGCCUAAAGGGGAUGUUAAUCUCAAGAAAAUAUUGUUAAAAGCGCAUUCCAAGACUGUUGCUUUAGGAUCAUCCACUGCUUGUGUUGUUACCCUUAAAAGAGACCGAUUGUGUUAUGCCAACGUGGGUGAUAGCGGUUUCAUGGUUUUCAGAGGGAAAAGGCUUGUUUACAGGUCACCGACACAGCACAGCUUUUUCAACUACCCUUUUUCGUUGGGGAAUUGGGUUCAGAAGGGUAAGCGCCGGGCUUCGGUUUUCCUUGGUGAAUUUGAUGUGGAGCAGGGGGAUAUUGUGGUUGCUGGUACCGAUGGAUUGUUCGAUAAUCUUUUCGGCUCUGAGAUCGAGGAGAUUCUUCAAGAACAUGGAGGAAGAUCUUGUCCUCAGGCUCUUGCCUGGACCAUUGCAACUGUUGCGUCCAUGAAUUCAACCAGCGAGGAUUAUGACUCUCCCUUUGCAGUUGCUGCUGAGUCUGAAGGAAUCGAGCACAUUUUUUUUGGGUUGACCCGGAUGCGUCGAAUGAAAUCUACAGGACGUCGUCAGCAGACGGUUGCACAUAGUUUUUCUAGCAGCAAGGAGGACAUCUCCUUAGGUGCUGAUCACGACGAUGCAUUUGCGCCACCGUGUGAUGCUUCCUCUUCUACCGCGGUUUCACAGUGCAGAAGCGAAAUUCCUGAUCAAGCUGAGCUGAAACUAUUGUAG